AUUGCUGUAGGCUACAGUGGUUUCUAUAUGGUUCCUUUUUAAAAGUACAUAUUUGUAUUGACUUCAGCCAACUACGAGAUACUGGAAGGGAAUUGGUAGCAUUCUAGAUCGGUGUUUUUCCAGCCAGGUCGCUUUCCCAUUGUAAUCUGGGUCCUGGAAAAGUUCACGGAAUUGAAAAACUGCACCGCUUGGUUUAAAGAGGCUUAAGUGUCUCAGAAUUGGACUUAGAACUGUUUACGAAUAUCAGUUUUUUUAUAUUCCGACCUACUUAUACAAACCGACAUCGAACAUGUCGGCACAUGGUCUGUAUACAAGUAAAACAGGUGAAACAGGUAAAUAUGCUGAGAGGAAGUGAGCCAUUUGUAGGCUACAAAAACCACAGACGUUUUCUGUACCAAUGUACCUAGUUAAUUGUAUAAUUAGCCUAGCCUACUUAUAAACACAGUCUUUAUUUUAGUUUUUUAAUGUUGUGUAAGUUUCUUGCCAGGCCUGAGACACCGUUCAGGCUUUAUAAGGUCACAAGCUUUAGUUUCGUAUUUUAAGGGUGUUGAAUUAAUAACAUGGUAUGAAAUUUCAAUUACAAGAGUAUAAGAAGGGAACAAGUUUAAAUCACCUCUCCUUGAAAAUCGACAGUCAUAUCAUAACACAAUCAUUUGUCAAAUCAAAUUGAGCAAAAUAAUUCGUUUUCAAUAAAUGCACAUGGAUCUAUGAUAAGCAGCCUAUUUCAACAUGAUCGUCAUAGACUACAUCAUUGACCAAUCAUGCUAGGAUAGUGUUAAUAAGAGGGGCGUCACCAUAAAAUAGGGAAGGAGAAGUACUACUUAGCUUACUCCAAUUGACAAUUCAUUGACGGAGCACCGUUCCAUUUGGGGAGGAUUAUUUUAGUUAUACCGUUCUUUUUAAGGAUAGGCCUACGACCGGCGAAGGAGAAUGGCACCGCUAUCGAUUCAAUCCAGCGUGGAGUAUGCGAAGAACCUUCUCCCAGAGACCCUAAUGAGAUCUGUGUCCACGGUCCAGACCACCAUCUCCCGGCACAUCCUGCCAGUUCCCCAGCCACGCCCCUACAAGGUGUGCACCCACAACCGGAGAAGGAGAAGAGGACUCGUAGCCUCUUCAUUGGACGACCUCCUGGACAAGGUGACCAGUGCCUUCCUGCUGACGUGCCAGUUCCUGACCCUGGUUCUGGAGGAGGACGGCACAGUGGUGGAGGCUGAUGAUUUCUUCCAGGCUCUGCCCCCCAACACCCACAUCAUGGUGCUAGAGAAGGGGGAGGUGUGGACGCAGAACAAGGUCCUCCCCAGCUUCCGCCAGCCUAGGAGGAGUGGCAUAGCCAAGUUGACCUUUGACCUGUACAAGCUCAACCCUAAGGACUUUGUGGGCUGCCUGACCAUACGGGCCACACUGUAUGAGAUCUAUACUCUGUCCUACGACAUCCGGUGCACCAAGGCCAAAGAUAUCUUCCGGUGUCUGCUGCGCUGUGUGACCUGCAUGGCCAGAGUAUCAGGACAGCUUCUGCUCCAGGGCUCCACCUAUAUCCUGCAGCUCCUAGGAGAGGACGACUAGUGCUGCCAGCCCUGCUCUAUUCUCCCCAUCCCCUCCAUUAUCUUCUCAUCCCUCCAUAAUCUCCUCCUCGUCUUCAUCUGCCUCCUCCACUCUCCCUACUGCCCGGCCACUUUCUCAGCCUUUGGUCCUUUCCCCUGUAAUACCGGUACUGUCCACCAGGUGGGGUAGUGCGUUUUCCGCAGCAAAUAAAUAUCUCGCUAUGUAGCGGUUUUAAGUCAUUAAUUUUAGAUAUUAUUACUGGAAAAAAAUUCCCCCGUUUGUCUGGUUUUAUUAUCUUGUCUAUUGAGCGGCAUCUGAGACCACUGAAACUGUCUGGUGCUAAAUGCGGUACUUGAACGUUAUUAUGAUUAUAAAUACAAACUAGGUCUAUGUUCAUCUUGUAUAAUGUAUUUAAUAAAAUGUAGUUUAUUUUGUAAA